UUAUUUACAUUGCCAUGAAUUACUUAUCACAAAUGUGUUAAAUAUAUUUUAUAUUGUUUAUAUGCACUGAAAUGGAUCCCCUAUCCAUAUCAAGUGACUGCAGCAGAACACCUGUUCGUGUGCUUCUCAACAAGACCAGGGAAAGUGUAACUGACAUCUUUUGUAAGUACCGCCAAAAAGUGGGCAAUGGAGCUCGCCAGGCGGUGCAAAGGGUCAGAAGUCGUCAACAAGUUGGCCUCAUAGAGCAAAGUUCGCUUUGUGCAACUAAACGUCAUCGUUUCCUUAAAAGCAAUGGAUGUGAAAAGGUGGCCUCGGGUUUCCUUCUGAGCCUGAUUCUUUUGAUGCUCUUUCUGGGACUUUACCUGGCCAGGAACUACAAUCACGCGUUUAUCUACGGAUCUGGUGGAUGCCUUUCGACGUUUUUGUGGAGCUACGAUGAAUGCCAAAUAAUUACAUAGGCGCAAACGGUUUUGUUUGUACAUGACCUUUAUUGAUGCUCAAUUGAUUGUGGCCAAUAAACUGAUACCAAUUCAGCGAGCUCCCUUUGCCGCCAAAAGGCCAAAGCUUAA